CAGGUUUCUUCCUGGUUCUCGAAAUAAAGUGAAAGUAGCGUAAGCGCCUGUUUAGCUGUUUGCUACACUACACCAACGACGCCUUCUUUGUUACUGUUUUCAUAACGCUAACGAAUAGUUUACAUUAUCGUAUUUACUCCGAUAUUAGCACUAAUUCACGACGCGUGUGAUGAAUGGCAUUGGUCAUCAUUUAAUUUCAUGCACAGGCUAUUUUAGUUACAGCAGGCUACUUGAACGCAAUGGUAGGGAUGUCUGAGGUGUUCCCCAAAGUAACCCUAACUGUGGAUGGAGGAACAAUCUUUAAGGGAAGAAAAACACUCCCUUUGGAAGGUUCCUUUGAGGAAGUUGAGAAAACAUUCUACGAGUUGGCGACCCUAAAGAAAACCAAGUCUGUGGAGGCGAAGCGACUUUAUGAGGAUGACUGUUCACCAGCGAAGUCUGUGGAGGUGGACAGUACAGUCAUGAGAUUCAUUAAGGAAAAAUACCCUAAGGAACUGAAGAGAAUUAUGGGGAACGAUGUUGAAAUUACUACAGUGAGAGGAAGGGAAGCACUGACUUGCGUGUCAUUUAAUCCAAAGCAACCGGUUCUUGCCCAGUUUGCGAGACAGAAGUUCAUUACGUUUUAUCAGAAGAUUGCCACUGAGCUUCAGAUGAAGCCUUUUGAUUCGAAGCGAUCUCCUGUGAAGUUGCUUGAAGCUGAGUUUCCAGAGCUGCUGAUUACCACCAAUCCCAAUACAGUGACAGGGGCCUACGUUAGCAUUGAGAGACUGGAGCGAUUUUUAGAAAAUGAUUUUAAAAGCCCCUCAAGAAGUCGUGGGCACGCUGCACAGAAGGCCAGUGUGAAGGACUCUGGUUCUCCAGCAACCCGACAUCCCCAAAAAGAUGAGGAGGAAACAUGUCCGAUUUGUAUGGACACCUUGACAGAGAAGAAAACAUUGCCUCAAUGUAAACAUUCAUUUUGUAAAGACUGUGUGAAGAGAGCAUUUGACAUUAAGCCAGUGUGUCCAGUCUGUGGGGUUUUGUAUGGAGAACUGAAAGGGACCCAGCCUGAAAAGGGCACCAUGAAAGUCACCUACGAAGACAAGUCACACUUGCCAGGAUAUGAAAAAUAUGGGACCAUAGUGAUUGAGUACUACAUUCCAAGUGGAAUACAAGGGGAAGCGCACCCCAACCCAGGGCAGAGGUAUGAGGGAGCGGCCCGCACAGCCUAUCUUCCAAACUCCACAGAGGGCAAAAGGGUGCUGGCACUGCUGCAGCGAGGCUUUGACCAGAGGCUCAUAUUCACCAUCGGCCGCUCAUCGACCUCAGGCAGGAACAAUGUGGUCACCUGGAACGACAUCCACCAUAAGACCUCACGCUACAGUGGCCCCAGCUGCUAUGGUUACCCAGAUCCGGAAUACCUCUCUCGGGUGCAAGAAGAGUUGAAAUUGAAAGGAAUAUAUUAAACACAAAUAACAUGGAGUUAGCAAACUACCAAACAGAGCACUAAACCUGAAUCUGUUGAAAAAAAAAAAAAAAAAAACGUUGGUAUGUAGACUGUCAGGUUCAAUUGAAUGGAUAUACGUACUAUAGAUAUGUAUUGUAUGGAUAUACCGUAGAUACUGUAUUGUAUGGAUAUACCGUAGAUACUGUAUUGUAUGUUUUUAGCAGCAUCAUACUGUUUUGAAUGAUAAAACAAGAAUGUAAUGUUUAAUAUAUCAAUAUGUAAAUAAUUGUACGUGUAACUGAACUUUCAAUGUUAAGUAUAUGAUACACUACUGCACUUUCUUUAUUUUAAGGUUAUCGGUUCCAUUAUGAUAGAAUGUUAAUAUGUUCUAAGACAAAUGUGUUUACUUCCAGUACUUCCAGUGGUUUCUUUAGAACAAAGAUUGUAAUGUGUUGAUCUGAAGAAUUUCCAUGUUUGAACAAUGACAAGAACCAACUGGGUCAAUACGUGCAUUCCCUACUGAUGCCUCAUGCCACCCAGUGAAUCUCUCAGAGCACUGUGUGUUGGUUGCAUGCUUGCUUUCAGACAUCUCAUUUUAAACCGCAGCAGGUUAGACAAAAAGGGAGGACAGAGAUAAAGGCAUUUCUCAAAAUAGAUUUGGACAUUUCAUAUGAUUGAGUCUUCCUUUGUAGUGGGAGUUUAUUUCAAUAAGAAGCUGUGCCUUUGCUGCAGUUCUCUGUGUAAGGACCAUUAAUUAGGUGAUCAAUUCUUCGAGCCCACUCUGUCUGUGUUAAGAAGGCUGUAUAUAUGAAUAAAAAUGUUCAAUUUUCUGAAUGAA